CUGUGCCAAUGCCGGGCGGGCGACCCGCUCAAGUAGCCAGCUUUAGCCAGAGAACCCUAGCAGUCGAAUGGGCGAAGAAAUUGCCGAAAAAGAAUAGAUAACAGUAACAGCAGUUCAAUUCUAGUAGUACGAUUGCAGAGUUUGCCGCUGUUGGCAAUGGCUUCUUCUUCUUCUUCACCAGUGUAUCCAAGGCUACCACACAUUCACUUCUGUAGCAGAAAACCUCUCUCCCUCUACUUCCUUUCCGUACCUUCGUCCAUUCUCUCCUUCCCUUCGUACCGCUCUCAAUUCCGUAAUUGGGCCCUAAAAACUCGUUCCACCGGCGACAGCCGCGAUGCGAAUGCGACUACCGACUUGCUCAGGAAGCCGCUGGUGAAGGAGUCAGUGAAAGGUCGUUCUGGAGUAUUUUACGAAGAUGAGGAUGAUGAGAGUGGGGGCAAAGGAGAGGGAGAAGGUUGGGUUGAUUGGGAGGACCAAAUUUUGGAGGAUACUGUGCCCCUUGUUGGCUUUGUUCGCAUGAUUCUUCAUUCCGGGAAGGAAUUAUAUAUGAUUGGAACACUGGUUUGCAUAAUCUGGAAUGUGCAAUUGCUUUAUCAUUGCAGGAUGUAAAUGGAUGCCAACAUCCAACCUGAAUUUCCUGUGGUGACCUAGUUUAUGAAAGGUCACGAAAUGGCCCAUCAUUGUGCCAAUGUUCAAUACCUGAGACAUUAUGAGACUUAAAGACUCUCUCACCUUAAGGAGUUUUAAGUCGGGAAUGGUAUUUUUAUUUGUAUUUUUGUGAUGGUUUUAUGGAAUUGGACUUGAUUAAUGUUUAUAGGAUUGAUUAUCUGUUUACUUAUGAACUUCCUCUUCGUUCUUUCCUAUUUCUUCCCCCCCCCCCCCCCCCCCCCCAUUUCAUAUGAAUGCAACCCUCACACACACAACAAGCAUUGAAUAUAACAAUUCAGUCUAGGCUCUUCCUUUAGAAUCCUAAGCGACUUUUUUUAUUUUUCUUUCUUUCUUUUGUUUAUUUUCAUUUAUCAAUUAUUUUAUUUUUUUUAGUUAUGAUAAGAUUGGGAUGCUAUUUGCUUUUUGUUGAAUUACUUGUAUUUUUCCUAUAGAUUUGGUUUUAUGGAUGCCAGAUUGAUCGAUAUAACUAGUAAAAAAAACUUUUUUGCAAUAUCUAUGCCAUAUCUGUACCUAGUUUCCUCUCUAAGUUGUCAUAUCAUGUCUUCAUAUCUGUGUUAUACUGUUAGUAUUCAUAUUUGCAUCUGCAUCCAUGCUCCGUAGAUUUUUUAUUAGGGUGAGGAGACAUUUGAGAAAGUUACUAUCCUUUGUUAGACUUGUCAGGAAGAAACUACAUGAUUAUCUUGACCACAGUGAUGAGUGUGUGUGGGGUAAUUGUUUACUCUUAUCUUGGUUUGUUAUGUUAAAUCAUUUGUCUUAGAUUAGUUAAAAGGCUUGGGAGGAUAUUUGUCAGGGAUGUGUUCGGUAUUUCAUUAGUUAGUUUUCUGUUAGGUUGGUUAGUAUUGUAACGGUUUUAUUGGGUUGUUAUCUUGUAAUAUCCGCCCCUUAUGUAUUAUAAAUAGGGGGUCUCAUUUGAGAGAAUUGGUUUUUCCUAUCUUGAGUGAGAAAGAGGUCGAGAAUGUGUUGUGUGUGAGAGAAAAGUAGAUUGCUUUGUAAUCUCAAGAUUCUGUAUAGCCUGUGUGUGUAUAGGGCUGUGGGAGAUCAGAGCAGUGCGUGUAAUCAUCUGUUGUGAUUUCAAGAUAGUAGAGAAAGGCCAAAGGCAGUCUAGACGUAGGUUCUUCAUUAGAAAAACUGAACCAGGAUAAAAUCCCAGCUUCGUAUGUGUGUGUUCAUCUGUUUCUAGAUUCUGUUUUUCUUCUUUAGUGUGUGGAGAGUUUCCUAUUGUUCGUGAGGAUUGAGGGUUUGAUUGUGUGAGGCGGAAAACUGGGAUUACAUGUUAAAUAGCAUCUACAUAUGACCUUAUGGUUUAGGGUAUAUAAAUAAUUUUGUCAA